AUUAGCGUUUUGAUAGUCAAAGUCUUUCAAGCAACACCUUUUUAGGUUUAACCAUUAAGUUAUUCUGUACAAAUGUAAAAUUAAUAUAUUCAGAUCAAUGCUAACUGUAAUAACUGGUCCCGUAAUCAAAUAACGGUUAUACGCGUUCGUCAUUGCCGUUAGCCAAUCACAAGACGUCGUUUAAUUGGCUUCACCUGUUAGCAACAGUACCUGGUAACGGAUACGUUUACCUAAAUAGUCACACUCAUGUCUCUGUGCGAUGAUACACUCCUGUGCAACUUCCCAAAGUGCCGCUCCAAGUUGUGUGGCUUCGCUUGGGUCACAGCCUGCUCACACGUUUUCUGUGAUCGGCACGGGUCAGGUGAGUUCAGCCGAUCUCCUGUCAUCUGCCCGGCAUGCUCCUCUGCCCUCUCUGGGAAACUGGACAUCGUGAGGACAGAGCUGUCGCCCUCUGAUGAGUACAAAGCCAUGGUGCUGGCAGGUUUACGACCAGACAUAGUCCUGGACAUCAGUGCUCGUGCUCUGGCCUUCUGGAGCUAUCAGGUCAACCAGGAGCGCAUGUACCAGGAGUACAGUAUUUCACGGGCUGAGGCACAGCUGAAGCAGAUGGAAAAGGUAUUGAACCAGCAGAACCAGUGCAGAAAAUUGGAGCUCAGUGCCAUGAGAGGAGAAAUCUCUUCACUAAAAAAGGUGAUGGAGGAGUAUAAGAGGAAAUACAGCGAAGUGUCUGAGAAGCUGAUGGAGAGAAACAGGCAGUACCAGAAACUCCAGGGUCUCUAUGACUCUCUGAGGCUGCGGAACAUGGUGGUGAAGAGAGAGUCACAGCCACAAACACUACGUCCAGAAUUCAACACUGGGACGGCUCCAAAGGUGACGACCCCCCCGAGAAGCCCCCAGUUCCUGUUCACUGACGGAGACUCUUGCUUCUUCUCCCCCAUGCAGCCUGAUGGAGCCAAGCCCUUCUUCCAGCUCAACUCUCCUGUCAAAGAGAAUGUUCAACCUUUCUUGAAGAAGCCAUAAGGAGAAGUGGUUCUAUUUUCACUUUUGUCUAAACCACCUUUAUGCGUUCAGUUAAUAUGGUUCCAUUGUCAUUUAUUUAGAACCAGUUAUACAAGUUGCUUUACUGUUAUUAAUUUAACUUAACUUAUUAACACGUCAAUGCUAUGCAGCAAAUGUUUUAGUCUUGUUAAGAAAGAUAAAAGUUCAGUCAAAAUAAAUUGAAAUCCAAGAUACACAAA